CCAGACUGAAUGUGAGCUAGAUCCCCAUCAACAUACUCCACAGAUUCAUCAUCAUAUCACUACAUUCCAUCAGGCCUACAUCAUCAUGGUUUCCCUUAAGAACUUCUAUACUCCACGCGAGACUCGCGAGCAGGUCUUCGCCAAUAUCAAGAGCGUCCUGGAUGCUAUCCUUGACAUCUGCACUGACAACAAGGACUUGCUGACCCAGGAGGAGCGAACGUCUUUUAUAGAUGAAUACUGCAGUCUUGUAGAUGCUCAUGUUCAGGCGAACGACGACAAGGACAGAUGUUUUAAUAGCACCUUGCCCGGGCUACUCAAGAAGUGCGAGAACUUGCGGUUGAGGAUACAGAGGGCGUGCACGAAACAACGACUGGAUGACAUAAGAAGAGCGCCAGCUAUAGCUACCCCUGAACCAGUCAAGUCAUCCAUUGCGCUGAUUGAUUCCGAACCAUCUCUCAGGGCCCCGUCCGAAAUUUUCAUUCCAGCUCAGUCCAAUCCCAAUUUCGCCACGACAGGCGGGAACAGCUCGUACCCGAGCGCUCCAAGCCUUUUAACAAGUAGCAGGAGUUCUGUAGUCUCUGCCAGUAUUCCUGUAGCCCAAGAAACAACCUCGAACGCCUCCGCAGCACCCACGGAGAGAAGUCCACUUGCAUCGCCAGGCGACAAAGACUGCAUGAUAUUCGACCAACAAUCGUAUAUUGGGUCACCUACAUUUAACAUUGACUCCGAGGGGGCAGCCGGAGCAACGGUUAUACCCCGUGGUGACGAUCCAUCUCCCAGGAUCUCACCGCAGGGACUGCAGCCGUUCACAAGCGCUCGCCAGCUGCAGACAGCUCCCACCAUGAGGCGUGAUGGUGUCAUGUAUUUCGGCCCUGGUACGACAGUGUCUAGCCCGACCUUCAACAUCCGAUCUAAGAAAGCUGUUGGCGUCAUGGAAGUGGAACGAACUGCUUCUUACUUCUCAGAACCGUUGACUGAACCAUUCCGUUGAACAAGUUAAUUAUAAUACUCACAAGCUUUGCACCUGGGGAUGUGAGCGUAGAGUAUUAUACAAAAUUGUAAAUAGCUGUGCAUAAUGGUAGCGACUUGUAGGUCUAUAUAUUACAUAGAUAGUGCAUAUGUGACAUCGAAUGUGUUUCAAAAAGGCUUC